AUGAGCUCCCUGGAGAUUGCAGACUUUUCGGUGGUAGCCGGAGCAGAAGGCUGGCUGGGUGAGGCAGUGAGGAUCUUUCGGCAGACAGGAUUCUGCAUCAUUCUCAAUGCCUUGAGCGAUGAGCGGGCAUCUGAGGUGCUGAAAGCCUGCCAGGAGGCAGAGCGCAAGAUCUUGGAGUUAGAUCCAGAAAGAAUGGGGUGGUGCCACGAUCCUGGCCACUAUAGCUUUUGCGCUGCCAGCCAGUCUGGCCACAUGUUGCAUCACGAAGCAUGGUCACUGCUGCUAGCAUGCGAAACCACCUUCAGCGCACUGCAUGCGAUCUUGCCGGACGGGUUUGCGUUUUGCGGCGGCGGAGGCGAUUUUGUGCUUGCAGGGACGGAGAAGUACCAGACCCUGCACGCGGACUUGGGACCUGGACAGGUUCCGCCAGAGUAUCGUGUUGAUGAGGCUCCUCCCCAGAUCGCCGUAAAUUUCAUUGUGCAGACGAUGACCGAAAAGAACGGACCCAUGAGAGUUAUACCAGGCAGGAAGGUUAUUCACGGACAGCAAGACAUUCCGCCGAAGUUUCGACAAGAGCCAGACCGGUACCUACAAUCGAAGCUUUUUCCUCUGCCGAAGGGAGCAGCCAUCCUCCGUGACCUGAGACUUUGGCAUGGGGGCACUCCAAACUCAAGCGAAGAGACGUGUUUCUUGCCAAGUGUGGAGGUGUUCUCUGCCAAGUAUGCGUCCUUCAUCUUCGAGAAGUCUGAAGAAAAGGGUUGGCAUUGGAACCUUCCGUCGAAGACUCGCCGAUGUCUCCCGGACUCCCUCUUCCUUCAACUUCCGCCGGCGGUCCGGGAGCGCUGCCAGGAGAUCCGGGCAGCGAGCCCGGUCCCCACCGGCUUCCGAGACUUCUCCCGGCCCUGGCUCGACAAGAAGGGCUCCUCAUGGGAAGCUCCGAAGGAGGACUUCCGCUAUCGCCUACAGAAGCGGACGAAGGACUUGAGGGGGUCUGCUUCGAGUUCGAGCAUGUCCGCCAAUGUGGAACUUCUUGGACGUGGGGACACAUUGAGUCGGAUUGACUUUGCGACUCUACGUGCUGCCGUCGCAGACGUGGCUUCCGUCGUUGCAAAGAGUGCGCGGGUCACGCUUGCUCUUGUGCUUCUCUAUCGAGCGGUGCAACUCUGGGGAGCGCUUCUGGCAGUCUUCGACCGUCUCGUAGCAGGCACAGGUCGCACUCUGAGGUCAUGUCGCUACGGCUGCGGUCGCGGUCCAGAGAUAGAGAAAGACUACGGCGGAGGUCUAACUCCCGAUCCAGGAGGCGGUGGAGGCGGCGGUGGCAGUGGAUUCGAUGUGAAGGUCAUGCCAGAGGAUCUCGAGCGAGUGCAGGCGCUAGCCAGGCAGUACAACCAGAACAAGUCGGUUGCGCAGGCCGUGGCGUUGCAUAUGGAGCAAACGAAGAACCAGCAGCCAGCGAAUCCAGAGGUAGAGGCUUUCUUGGCACAGUAUCCUCAAAUCCAGGCACAUGCUGCAGCUCGGCUACGAGCACUGCCCAAAGAGGCUCAGACAAAUGUCCUCAUUCGUGGUGGCCUGGGCAGUGCCCGUGAUCCCACGGCAAUGUUGCUGGGGAGGAUACGACAAGUCGAUCCCUUCAACACCACCUGGGUGCCUCACACACCUGGUAUGCAGCCGUUUCCGACGCAAUCACAGGUGGCAGCCCAGCAAACGAUGGUGGCGAAGAUCGCUCCCGAGCCGAAAGCGCCACAGCCGGCUGUGAAGGACCGAGACGAUGGCGAGUACGACGCCCUAACAGCUCUUGCAGAAGGAGAGCUGAUGCAGAGCGCCCGAAUGCAGAAGGCACUUACCAACUCCACGGCGAAGGCUGUGCCGAAGCCAGUUCUUUCGGAUUGGAGGAGAGCGCGGCCGCAACCUGGAGAAGAAGUGGCCGGCUCGCUUCCGGGCUCUUUGCCUCCGGUCCCCGGCCUGCCUCCGCUAGGUCCGCCGGCACAGGAGGCCUCCCAGCUUCCACCGCCACUGCUGGCUCCCAUGCCCGCCCCGCCAAAUGGUUUCUCCAGA